AUGGGCUGCAAUAAUUCGACUGAUGCAAACGAAAAUUGUCAGACGAACAAUCAAAACAAUGCCCCGCCACAACCAUCGCCACCACUAUCAGAAUCUAAAAAGCUUGCUGAUCUUUCUCCGGCAACAUGGGAAAUGCAAGCUUUAAACAGUCAUAAUACAUUUCGAGCUAAACACGGUGUCCCGCCACUUGUACUUGAUGCCGGAAUUACUCGCACAGCUCAAGCUUAUGCCAAACAUUUGGCAAAAAAGAACUUAUUCGAACAUAGUUCCAAUCGUGAUAAUCUCGGUGAAAACUUGUAUACUAUGAGUAGUUCGGCACCAUUAACAGAUCAAACUUUCGGUACGGAUGCUACUCAGUCUUGGUAUGAUGAAAUCAAAUAUUAUGAUUUCAACAAUCCUGAUUUCUCAAUGGAAACUGGCCAUUUCACGCAACUCAUUUGGAAGAGUUCAAGCAGCUUGGGUGUAGGAGUCGGUUUUAGUGAUGAUGGUAAAACCGUAGUUGUUGUUGCCCAAUAUGGCCCGGCAGGCAACAUGAUGGGAGCGUUCGAAGAAAAUGUUCCGCCUCCUCAAUAA